CCACUUUUCUUGAGACAGCAAUCAACCACCCCCGGCUUGUAUCUAGUGUUAUUUCUCAUGUAGUUGCCUGGAUUUUGAAGUGGAAAAACUGUAUUGUUGUUCGAUUCCUCACUCGAUUGGUAGUCUGCUUGCCAUACUAAUUCAUGUAACUUAAAGGUGGUAUUUUUUUGUUUUUAUUUUAUUUUGUUGACAAGAACAAAAAAUGGCGCCCAAACUUGCUAGAACUUGCCUCCAGUCAUUCCUCAAACUAGUGAAUUCAACUCUGGGGAUCGUCGGAAUCGCGAUGAUUCUCUAUGGUCUUUGGAUGAUCAGAGCUUGGCAGAGGGAAAUGGAGGAGUUUUCAUUUGAUGAUUUCAAGACUACUACUCCAUGGUUUAUAUACACUUUUCUUGCUGCUGGAGUCACCUUGUGUGCAAUAACGUGUGUGGGCCAUCUUGCUGCUAGUGUUGCAAAUAGUUGUUGCCUCUCUUGUUAUAUGACGAUUAUAUUCUCUCUUCUUUUAUUAGAGACUGCAAUUGGAGCAGAGAUACUAUUAAAUUCUGACUGGGAAAAGGAUUUACCAAACGAUCCUACAGGAAGGUUCAAGGAUUUUAAAGAUUUUGUUAAGUCAAACUUUGAGACAUUUAAAUGGAUUGGCUUAUUGAUCGUAUUAGCACAGGGCCUUUCAAUCUUAAUGGCUAUGGUUUUAAGAUCUAUAGGGCCAAACAAAGACGAUGAUAGCGAUGACGAGUACGCUCAGGCGAGGCUUCCGCUCGUCAAGCAUGGAGUUCAACCGGCACCGUAUGUUGGUGCUGAGCAGGGGUUGGCCUCCAAAACCACUAAUGCCUGGAAGACAAACAAGUGAAACAAAGAAUCAAGCCUCCUCUAGAAGAAGCAUACUUGCUUUAUGCGCAGCUUUCACUUUGUUUAUGGCGGCUUUACUUUCAGAUGUGAAAAUUUGAGCUAUGAGCAUU